AAAAAUAAUUUAGCACUGAGAGAGCGGAAGGUACGCUGUAAUUUUGCAGUCAAAUAUAAAAAAAAAUAUUCAAAAUCACGUACAAAGAACGUUGCAGAAACUAGAAGAACUCGAGCGGGCGCUAAGUGAACACACUACAUCGAGCCUAAACGAACAUAAAAAUAUUCUCUGGACAUACAAAUUAUAUUGGUGAAAUAUUUAUAAUUUUUUUUUUAAUUAAACCGAAAUAUUAUUUUAUAAAACUAAUACGAACGAAAAUGGUUUACGAAAGUGGAUUUACUACCCGCAGGACCUAUACUAGCAGGCCUAUCGUUACUUCGUACGCCGUUUCGCGCAAAACACCAAUUGACUGGGAGAAAUGCCCAUAUGUACCACGAGCUUCAUUAGUGGCUGAUCCUAUUACUGCUUUUGGAUCGCAUCGCCCAGAUAGUGAACGUCGAAAAUGCUCAAUACUUGACCCGAUAAACCGCGAAGCCAUCAAGCCAAACUAUCGUAUAUUACAUGAACCCAUUAAGCCUUACGUAUCGGCCAGAGAUAGAAAUAGGGAGAGGAUUUUAAAUCUGGCCCGUCAACAUUUCGAUGCCGUAGAAGCCGGAGGUACCACCACCGCUCGCAUUUCACGCGAUAGCAUUGAUGCAAUCCUGCCACGCAUACACCGAGCCGCCUCCGAGAACUUGAAGCCUGUUCGGAGGGAAAGUUACCGCAACGAGCGAUCAGGUGCUACGGUCACAAAAUACUAUUAUUAAGUUAAUAAAGCACUUUAAAUAGAAUUGCUCUUACGAGUCUGUAAAUUCAAGAUAACAAAUGAA